AUGCCUGUCUCGUUUUAGAGAAAGAUAUGUAUAUUUUUGUAUCACCAUUAAUCUUGGGUAGAACUUACAGACAAUCUAGAAUGGGACCCAACGGCAAUCUAUAAGUUAGAAAGGGUAUUUAAGUCAGAGAAAAUGUUAAUUACAAUGCUGACUGAUUUAUUAAGACAAAGACAAAUUCAUUUUUCAAAACUGAAGAAACAGAAACAGAAGAAGUAAAACAGCCAAAGAAUUGUCAUAAUUUGAAGGAAAAAAAACAGAAGAAGAAUAAGAAACCAAUGGGUUCGGUCAGAAUUCCAGAAGUAGUUCCAUCUCCAAUCCAAGAUAGUGAAAGACUAAAUAAAGCAUUCCAAGGGUGGGGAACUGAUGAGAAAGCUGUCGUAUGGGUAUUGGGACAUAGAAAUGCUGAACAAAGAAAGAAGAUCAGAGAAACUUACCAACAAAUUUACAAGGAAUCUCUCCUUGAUCGUCUCAAAUCUGAACUAUCCGGAGAUUUCGAGUAUGCGGUGAUACAAUGGAUGUUGGAUCCAGCUGAACGGGAUGCAAAGCUGAUAAGGAAGUCUUUGGAAGGAUUGAAGAAGAAAAAGAGUGCCAAAGAAUUUGAAGUGCUUGUAGAGACGACAUGUUCAUAUUCUCCUCAUCAUCUGAUGGCCGUAAGGGAAUGUUAUUGCUCACUCUUUGAUUGCUCUCUGGAAGAAGAUAUAUUUUCCAAUGUCUCCUUACCAUCUCUUAAAAAGCUUCUGGUAGGCUUGGUUAGCUCCUAUAGAUAUGAUGGAGAACUGGUUGAUGAAAGCAUGGCAAAGGUAGAGGCAUCUUUGCUUCGUGAUGCAAUUGAAAAUAAGCAGUUGGAUCAUGAUAAUAUGGUGUUGAUACUUAGUACAAGGAAUGUAUCUCAACUCAAAGCGGUUUUCGAGUGUUACUAUCAAAAUUAUGGGAAUCCAAUUGACCAGGACAUUAAGAACUGCGGCACUAGUGACCUAGAGCUAACAUUGGAAUUGGUGAUUCAAUGCAUCCAGGCACCAGAAAAACACUUUGCAGAGGUUAUGCAUGCCUCAAUGGCCGGGUUCGGAACAGACGAAGAAUCACUGUCAAGAGCAAUUGUAAGCAGAGCUGAAAUCGACAUGAUGAAGGUCAGAGGUGAAUUUUUUAAUAUGUACAACACUAGUCUCGACAAUGCCGUUGUUGACGACACAUCCGGAGAUUAUAAGGACUUCUUGAUGACUUUGUUUGGUGCAAGAAUCUGAAUAUUGUUUGUACUUUUGCUGUCUCUGGAUCCAAUUUAUUAAUAUUGCGUUAAACUUGAUGGGUAAAGCUAUGAAUGGGUGCUGUGGUUGUGCUUUCUAGUUAAAACUUCGUGAAUGGAACUCAAGUUGUGUGCUUCCAACUUCUUAUACCAA